AUGCUAAACCCCAUUUUCCUUUUCAGGUUGUAUACGUCACCAAAGAAAAGGUUAUCGUCAUCACAGAACACAGUCAGUCCCCUGGUUUGGUGUCGGCAGGUUUUUGACAGUCCCACACCCGACGUGGAGUGUGCAAAAAAAAACCUUAUUCACAGACUUGAACAAACAAUGUCAGCAAACAAGAGGCAGAGUAUGUACAGCAUUCCUUAUAGUUCAUCCAGCUAUGCUAGCUCCUACAGUCCCAAUCCCAAUGGAAGUCCAUACAACAGCGGCUUCAACUCCCCAUCCCCCACUCUAGUAAGACCUCCAGUAGUGCGGCAGCUGGUUCUGCCUAGCAACACAGAAAAACUCAUAUCUGACAGAAACCCUCCUCCUGACAGCCCACAGUCCUCAGUGGACAGUGAGCUCAGCACAUCCGAAAUGGACGAGGACUCCGUAGGUUCAAAUUACAAGCUAAAUGAUGUCACAGAUGUCCAGAUAUUGGCCCGGAUGCAGGAAGAAAGCCUUCGACAAGAGUAUGCAGCUUCAGCUUCUCGUCGCAGCUCUGGUUCAUCAUGCCACUCCAUGAGAAGAGGGACGUAUAGUGACCAGGAACUUGAUGCUCAUAGCUUAGAAGAUGACGAAGAAGGAAGUCACCAUUCAGCUCACUUGCCUGUGAGCAGAUUCUCACCCUCACCACGUCACUCUCCUCGCCCCUCUCCCAGACAGUCUCCCAGAAACUCUCCACGCUCCAGGUCUCCGGCACGCAGCUUGGAUUACAGAGGUGUGUCUCCUCAACCCAUGCUUAGCCGCCUACAGCAGCCCCGCCUUUCGCUUCAGGGGCACACCACAGACUUACAGACAAACGUGGUGAAAAAUGAAGAGAAACUGAGACGGAGUCUUCCAAACCUCUCCAAGGCGACGAGCAUUCAGACAACGGAGGCUGUGAAAAACAGCAGAAGUUGUGAGUCAAAUCUGCAGGUGUCAAAUGGAGGAUCCUCUCGAGCACCGAGUACUUCCAGGACAGUACCUUCCCCUUGCAAGUUCCGCUCCCCUGCAGCACCCUCUCCACUGGCAUUACGGCAGCCUAUGAAGGCUUUGUCUAAUCAUGGUUCUCAACUUGCACAAGAAGCAACCUCUGUUGCACAGAACAUCCCUCAAGCAGGGCCACCUCCUAGCCAGCAGUCUGGCUCUUCGACCACCCCCUCCUCCUUAAUAAACUACUCUCCCUUGGCAUCAGAGACUCCGCUCUCUCUUGGUUCUCGUCCUAUCUAUCCCAACGCUCCUUCAGCGUUUCCUACAACGGCGCCCCACCAUCCUCUUCCCUCCCCCUCUCUUAGAUCAUUGCCAGCUCCCAAGACUUACGGCUCAAUGAAAGAUGACAGCUGGAAGGAAGGCUGCUACUGA